GAGUUGUCCUGGGAAGAGCCAGAACCCAGGCGCCAGUCAUCCCAAAUGGACGGUCCGAGGGCCCGUGCAGUGGGUCGUGGGUCAAAUAAUUGAUUAAAUUGUGGCUGUACCUCCACAGCUCUUUGGCAUCAAGCCACAGGUGACGAAUUUCGGGAUUGCACUGAAAAGUGGGCGUGAGGCAUGCACGUGUGAAGACGGGGCAAGUGCUGCUGGUCGUGGUAUAGGGCUACGGCCCUGCAGAUACGGCGACCAUGGGCGUGGGAGGGCAAUAUGCGUGCGAUCGUCGUGGUGGGCCGCGUAAGUGAUGGAGGUCAAUGCCGUUGCAGUGAUGAACGCGGCCCUGUUUCUGGCUCGUUUGGAGGUGGGAAGCUCUCGACAGCACAGCCUCUUGUAUCGCCAGCCGGCCAGCCAAGCUCACGUCUAGUUAGCUUGCUGCCACCAGCUUGUGCUGCAACUCUCAACGCUCUUUUAAUCUACCAACUCCUCCUCCCGCCUCUCCCUCUUCUCCCCACGCCGUGACUGCAUUUCUACUCCAAACCUCCAACCAGGGCCAUUGCGCCGACAACAAGCUGGCCCUGACAGCUGCCAGCCAACAUCCCUCACAGCCAAGCUUCCGAGGACAGCGAAGCUCGGCGAGUUCAGCGUGCAUUGCCUGUUCACCCGCCGCCAUUACUGAUCCGCUGCUAUUCCGCCGCAAUGGAGGGCACUGCGAAAGGCAACGAGGAUCUCAAGGCGCAAGGCGUCGUGGAAGCAGCUCGAGAUCCUAACAGCAGCGUAAACGCUGCAGACGCGGAGAAGGCCCUCAAGGACCACGCGCAGGCUGGAGGCGCCGCUGCUUUCGAAUUCAAUCCCGAUGCGAGCCCGGAGGAGAAGGCUGCUCAGGCCAAGGCACGAGCAGGACCACGUAUACAUCGAAAGCACCAAAGUGCUGCCUUAGUGACCGACACCGAUGAUGGCUACGAGAACCCCGACCUUCCACCGCCGAGCAAAGAAGGCGCCAUCUCAACAAUACAGGAUCCCGCUGUCGAUGCUCCCAAUGGGCAGGUGAAUGGAGAGGAUGAUCAAUAUGCUAAAGUGGGAUGGGCGCCGCGUUUUGGCAACCCGGGAGACAACGAGGAUGAAGAUGAUACGCGAGAUCACCAGACAUUCUUGGAAGGCAAAAUUGACGACAAGUUCUUUGGCGAUUGGUAUCACAAUGCCGGGUUGAUCAUCUUUGCAUGCCUCAGCUCGUGGACAAUUGCAGUGCUGGGUGGAGGUCUCGGCUGGAUCUUCAUUCUCAUGACAGUCUGCGCUACUUACUACAGAACUUCACUGCGGAGGGUGCGACGGAACUUCAGAGACGACAUGGUCCGACAAUUGGCGAAGAACAGGCUGGAGACAGACGUGGAAUCGCUGGAAUGGAUCAAUAAUUUCAUGUCCAAGUUCUGGCCCAUCUACGCGCCGAUCCUCUGUGCAAGCAUUGUCGCAUCCGUCGAUCAGGUCCUCAGCACAUCGACUCCCGCUUUCUUGGACAGCAUGCGAAUGAAGUUCUUCACACUCGGAACGAAGCCUCCUAGGCUUGAGCACGUCAAGACAUAUCCACGCGAGGAGGACGACGUUGUCAUUAUGGACUGGAAGUUCAGCUUCACACCAAACGACAUCUCUGAUUUGACGACGCGUCAAGUCAAGAACAAGGUCAACCCCAAAGUUGUCCUGGAAGUGCGAGUUGGCAAGGCCAUGAUCUCAAAGGGCCUGGACGUGAUUGUGGAAGACAUGGCAUGUGCAGGUAUCAUGCGUGUGAAGAUGAAGCUGAUGUUGUCUUUCCCGUUUGUCGAGAAGGUUGAGAUUUGCUUCCUGGAAAGGCCCAUGAUCGACUAUGUGUGCAAGCCGCUCGGCGGCGACAUGCUUGGAUUCGACAUCAACUUCGUACCAGGCUUGGAAAGCUUUAUUCAGGAACAGAUUCAUGCCAAUUUGGGGCCAAUGAUGUACGCACCGAACGUGUUCCCCAUUGAACUCGCCAAAAUGCUCGCUGGAACACCUGUCGAUCAAGCCAUUGGUGUUCUUCAGGUCACUUUCCACGGCGCUCAGGGCCUCAAGAAUCCCGACAAGUUCUCUGGCACGCCAGAUCCAUAUGCUACUGUAUCGAUCGACAACCGAGAAGUUCUCAGCAAGACCAAGACCGUGGAAAGCAAUGCUAGCCCAAGAUGGAAUGAGACUGUGAACAUUAUCUUGACGAGCCUUAGAGAGCCUCUCACACUCGGAAUCUUCGACUACAACGAAUUCCGCAAGGACAAGGAAUUGGGUAUUGCAACAUUUGACCUGGAACAACUCAAUAACGAAACCGAAUUCAUCAAUCAAGACCUCGAGGUCAUCGCGAACGGCAGGCCGCGUGGACGCGUGCAAUGUGACAUCAAGUUCUUCCCAGUCAUGGAAGGACAGAAGCUUGAUGACGGCACCGAACUCCCACCGCCAGAGAGCCUCACUGGCAUUGCCAAAUUCACCGUCGAACAAGCAAAGGAUCUCGAUGGCAGCAAGUCACUUAUCGGUCAGCUCAACCCAUACGCCGUACUCCUUCUUAACGGCAAGGAAGUGCAGAUUUCGCAGAAGUUGAAGCGCACUAACAAUCCCAUCUGGCCAAACGCGACCAAGGAAAUGCUCAUCACUGACCGUAAGAAGGCCAAGUUAGGGCUGAUCAUCAAAGAUGACCGUGAUCUGGCCGCUGAUCCAAUCCUUGCAACCUACCAAAUCAAGCUUGAUGACAUGCUCACCCUCACCAACAAAGGUCAAGAGUGGUACAAUUUGGCUGGAGCCAAGACGGGUCGCGCGAAGAUGAGAUUGCAGUGGAAGCCAGUGGCCUUGAAGGGCGGCUCUGCUGGUGGCAACGGCUACAUUGAUCCCAUCGGUGUGAUGCGCUUCCACUUCCAGAACGCGCAAGGUCUCAAGAACCUCGACACAGUCGGCAAAUCUGAUCCGUACGCGCGAGUUCUGCUGUCUGGCAUCCAGAAGGGUCGGACUGUCACGUUCAAGAACAACCUCAACCCUGAGUGGGACGAGGUGUUCUACGUGCCGGUCCACUCCACUCGCGAGAAACUCGUCGUCGAAGUCAUGGACGAAGAGAAUGUCGGGAAAGACCAGACCAUGGGACAGAUGGAGAUUGAGACCUCUGACUACAUCCGCCAAACUGAAACUGGCGAGUACGCCGUCCAUGACAGCAAGAACGAAGUCAUAUCUGCACCACUCCGCAUCGGCCACAGUCAACCAAAGGGCACUUUGAACUUCACUGUUGCAUUCUAUCCAACACUGAAUGUGGCUGACCCAGAAGAAGAAGAGCCAGUUGAUGGAGAGAACGGCGUCAACGGCGAACGAAAGAGCACCGACGCGGGCAGCACCGACGGCAGCGCUACGAAGGUCAAAUCAGGAGCGAGCUCCGAAAUGCGCGAGGCCCUUGCACAAAACGAGAAUGAGCAAACUGAAACUGAAGAAGUUAAGCAGAUAGAAGUGCCGAAGAUCAAGAUUGGCGUUGACGAUCUUGUCAACUAUGAAUCUGGACUUGUCGUGUUCACCAUCCACGAGAGCGAGCUUGCACACACCGGUUGCUAUCUUCAAGUCUUGAUGGACGACAUGAAGUACCCUGCAUGGCAGAGCCACAAAGUGAAGACCAAACACCACUCGUUCAAUGAGACUGGAGAUGCCAUGGUCCGAGAGCUAGAUCUCUCUCGCAUCACGCUACGGCUUGUUCAGGACCUUGACAUCAAGCACGACAAGGACGAUGAUAUCAAGGCAAAGGUAUCAGGACCCACGAUUGAUACUCUCAAGAGAAGUCUGUACACACCUCAGAUCAUCGCUUUGAAGGACGAGCACGGCCAUGAAAGCAGGAUCAAGGUCUCGAUGAGAUAUCUGCCCGUCAAGAUGCAGCUCGACCCUAGCGAGUCGUUCAACAAUCAAGGCAACCUUCGCGUUGAAGUCCUCGACGCUGCCGACCUUCCGGCCGCUGACCGCAACGGCCUAUCGGAUCCGUUCUGCAAAUUCGUACUCAAUGGCAAGGAAGUCUACAAGACGGAGAAGCAGAAGAAGACACUACACCCGGCUUGGAACGAAUACUUCGAGGUUCCUGUCAUCAGCAGAACAGCGGCAAAAUUCCAGGUCGACGUUUACGACUGGGACUUCGGUGACAAGGACGACUUCCUCGGCGCCGCGAAGAUCGAUCUGAAUGUGCUCCAGCCAUUCCAGGCGCAAGAAGUGUCCCUCCCACUCGACGGGAAGAGCGGUGCGAUCAGAUUGAAGAUGCUCUUCAAACCUGAUUAUAUCACAAGGUCACGACAAGGAUCUUCUACGUUUAGCGGUACUUUCGCUGCACCCGGGAAAAUCAUUGGCGCGCCCGUCAAAGGCGUUGGCAAAGUUGGUAGUGCAGUCGGCGGAGGUAUAUUCCGUGGCGCAACGUUCGUGGGUCGCGGAUUCAAGCGCAGAACCGUCAGCGGGGAGAAGGAUGUGUCGGAAGAGCCAACAGGUGAGCUCCGCCCGACCAGCAUGGAGUCACAACCCGACGCUGCCAGCAGACCGACCACUGCUGCAAACGGCGGCUACGCCAACGGUAGUGCAAUUGAUGCCGCUUCUGGUAAAGAUUCGCUGCAAGCACCACGCACACCCGCUAGUCAUCAGCGACAGGCAAGCUUCGGAGCUCAGUCCAUCAGCCCAGCUAAUGGGGAGGUUGGAACUGCCAAGAUCAGCAUCGUCAGUGCUUCUGGUUUCCCUGAGGACACCAAGCUUGAGGUGCAUGUCUACCAAGGAAGCAAAGAGAUCAUCAAGACCAAGGCCAUCAAGGCGAAGACUGGUGAGGCUUCGUGGGAAGACAAGGAAAAGACGAUCGAAUGCAACGCCGCGUCUCCUUUCAAGAUCGAAGUGAAGAAUGAUAAGGUUUUCAACGACGAGAAGCUCGGUGAGAACACAUUCUUCAUCAAUGACUCAGCCAGCGGUGGCGAGCGCGAAGUGAGAUGUGGUGCAGGCGUCGUGGUCAUCCGAACAUCAUUCAUCCCGGCCGAUGCUGGUUCAGUGGCGUACAGCCACCUGUCGCCAACGGGCAAAAAGGGUCUUGGCAAACUCCUCGGUCGUUCGUCGACACGCGAGCGUAGCGUCACGCCUUCGGGAUAGUUUUCCGAAGGUCCAGCGGCUCUGCGACAGGACACUUUCGCCAAGAUUGAUGAGCCUGACGCAGGACGCAGAUCGAGCUUGAAGCGCAACUUGACAACGCGAGGCCACAAGAUGAAAGCGAAGACAAUGACGUUGUUGCCUAAGAGCGGUUCGAAGCAUUCGCUGCAUGCGUUCCGGCAUGACAGCAUGUCUCCGUCAGUGAGGAAUGCCAGUACGUGGAGUAUCAAUGAAGAUGGACCUAGUCCGAGGUCGUUGUCUCCAUCUUCGACUUCAAAUAUCAGCGAUGGGUCUACGAUCAAGGGAAAGACGGCGGUGUGAAGGAGGGAAUUGUUUGUUGUCAAUGUUCUGGUUUCUCUUUUUCUUCACUUCACCUAGGUAGGGAAGCAGCAGACCUACGUGUGCAAGAGAGGCUGCUUAUGAGAGCAGGUUCUCUCUCCUGUUUUCUGAACUUUCCUGCUUUUUUUGAUAAUGUGUUUCUUGUCGAUGGAUGGAUGGGUACAUUGGUGGUGACGAGUGAGUGUAUCAUGGACAAAUUUAUACAGUGGCAGAAACAAAAGUGGUUUUGUUCAUUUCUGUUAAAUGCAAGCUACUGCUGGGUAUCUUUUCAUGGCUCAUGUCUCUCGUGCUCUCGCAUGUCCUGCAUGUCUCGUAGCUCUCUCACAUGUCAUCUCUCGUAACUCUGUCAUGUCUUGCAUCUCGUGCAUCUCGUAACCAUGUCAUGUCUCGCAUCUCGCUCAUGCAUCUCGUAACCAUGUCAAUACUCUCACACAAUCAUCAUCUCAUUCAUCAC